UCUUUCUUUUCCUUUAGCUUUCUCUAUCAGCGCCUUCCUGCGCUUCCCUGUUCUUUAUCUCUCACUUUGCAAUUUUACUGCGCGCCCAUUUGCAGGGCGUUGUUUUAUCCAGUUUGGUGUUGAUACUUGAUACCCUUGUUUCGGUUAAUUCGAGCAGAAUCUGCUUUUGGAGUAGUUUUAGGUUUUAAUUUCUUGAUUGUUAUAGUGUUGGAAGAAAAGGUUAAGAUGAAAAGCGAUACAACCGCGAGAAGAUCGUCCUUUGGAAGCAUUAUGAGAAGGAGACUUUCAGACAUCACUAAUUCGAUUCCGCAGCUAAAAUCUCCUUCAAUUCCCGAAAAGUUUGCAUCUGAUGCUGGUGCUGCGAAGGUACUUGUCGACCACCUUGUCAAGGAAAAAGUGGCCUUGAUGAAGCUUAUUCAAGAGAAAAAUAAAAUUAUAGAUUUGAGUGGAACUGAGAUUCGGAAUCUGAAGAACUGUUUACAGAAGAUGCAGCUUCAGAAUUGGAGCCUUGCUCAAGCCAACAGCCACAUGUCAGCAGAACUCAAUUUGGGAAAACAAAGGUUAAAAGCAUUACAACAUGAGAUUAUAUGUAAGGAAGCCAUUCUCAAAGCAAAGAAUUCAGAGCUGAAGGAGCAGGAGAAAGUGAAUGUUCCAAAACCCGAAUUUCAGGAGGAACCAAACAAGACAACUCAACUUGCAGAGGAUACCAAAACUUGCAAAGCGAGCAGGAGGGGCCGUCCCGCCAGAAGUCAAUCUCUAGGAAGUUCCACAGUAAAUCACACAAACAUUGAAAAGGAAGUUGCCACAAGCAAAAGGCGUUGUCUGAGGAGACAGUCUGCUAGGUCUAAAAUCGAGCACGAGGAACCAACUGCCGACAAGCUGUUUGAGAUAGACGAAGCCAAGUUUCUGCCUCCUGCUGUGCCAUCCAACAGCCCAAUCUGUGACGACAAUUCAGGAGGCGAAGUGCGAAGGAUGUCUUUAGGAAGACCGAUGCGCAGAGCGGCCGAAAAGGUUCAAUCCUACAGGGAAAGGCCUGUCAAUGUCAAAAUGAGGAGGUCAGAAUGAGAGACAAGUGCCAAAAUUGGUUGGUUGGUUGGUUGUUUGUUGGUGAGCAUUAUGUUAUGCAUGGUGUAUGUAUAAUGUGUUGUUUUACUUACAAUAGAAUCUUGUGAUUGCUGUGAUAGAGAUAGAGUGUGCAUUAUAUAAUGUCUUAUUUAAAGGGAAUCUACAAGUAAGAAGUAGUAGUCUUCAUUACAUUGUGUGAUGAUCGGUUGUAGUAGUAAUUCUAACUUCAGAUUGUGUUUAGAUACGUUUUGUUAAGUGUAUAUCCUCUGCUCGCAAGAGGAAUUAGUCGGGCAGCUUGUAGCUCACUUGCACUCA